AUGCCUAGGAGAAGCUUUAACGUGUCAUGGAUAAUCAAAGAGAAAAAGAACGGGACCGAUCAAGACGUGGUGAUAGACCUUCACGUUUCUCUGAUGCUGUCCGUGAUCGAUCAAUUGACCGGGAACGGUCUGAAGGAAAGCGUCUUUUUGUUUCUAACAUUCCAUAUGAAUACCGCUGGACUGAUCUUAAAGAUUUAUUUAAAGAAAAAGUUGGUGAUG